CGCCUCCACUACAUCCAUAAUAGGCAAUAUCUAGUACGAGUUGUAUUGUGUUUUUUAACCUGUGCAACAAUGCAUACGUCUAAUGCUUAAUAUGCUACACAACAGGUGUGACACAUAGCAAUGCAACCCUUGUGAAUCCGAAUAUUUCCAGCCCGUCAUAAAGGCAUAAAUAAAAUGAUCGAUAAUUUCGAUUGAAUUUAUACAUCACGCGAUUUCGUUCCGCUGCUCUAUUUAGUAAUCCGUCCAUCUAUCCAUAUUAGUCACAAGUUGUCAGCUAAAGACGAAUACAAAUCUUUCUUUGGUCGUCUAAAAAAGUAUCGGAACUCGGAAAGAUUGUUCGGUUGAGAAGGUUUUGAGAAUUUCUAAAACGUAUAGGUUAGGGUAGGUCAAAAAUAUAAAAACCUUGACAAAUCAUGGGCUAUGAGGAGUCUUUGAGGAAAGUGAGAAUAAUCGCAAUCCUGGAUAUUGUGUUCUCUACAUUCCCUCUCUUAUUUUACACCCUCUUCACCUUCAUAUUUGGGUUUGUUGUCCUUGUUGGGUACUUCAACAGUGGAUAUGUGUUUCUGGACUGGAUCCUGGCGAAUACUAUGACCAUUCAAGAAGUUGCGGUCGACUUUGACAAUCCAGGACAAGCUGCUGAUUUAAGAAUGUUCCGAUGUUCCGUUUGGGGGAUUGCGAUUUUGUUUAACCUCAUCGAACUUACGCUGGCGUUUUUUCUGCUUCAUGCCAUGCGACGAAGUAAAACGGAACAACCCUUUGUUGGAUACAUGGGAUUAAAGGCAGCAAUCACUUUUGUCAUGUUCAUCCUAAUCAUCGCACUCUUGUCCACGGGGUCACAAUUUGUUGGACUUAUGCUCUCAAUAGCUUUCCUGAUUUAUAGAGGUGUAGCGUUUUGGAUGGUGUACAAACAUGUGAAAAAUAUCAGAGACUUGGGAGGAGUUCCAUGAAUUAAAAUACCAAACAAAUGCAGCAACAUGACGACUUACUGUUCAGUUACUUAAUACAUAUUGGCCCGGUGGUGUUCCAUAAUUUAUGCAUCUCUAAUCUCAAUAAUCUAUAGCUGUAUAAGUACAAGUACUGGAGUUGACAUUUUGAUAGAAAUUUUACACAUUUUGUAAUUUUAGAUGAUACACAUAUAAUAAUGCAUCUAUGUAUACAUACCUAUGCACAUAUAACGAAAGAGUCGAAGACAAAUUUUUUACGAAUCAUUUAUCAUUAAUGUUAUGCUUAGUAAAAUAAUUUUAUUGUUACUCGUUUAUAAAAAUUUUCCAUGUGUUUUAAUAAAAUAUGCUGACAAAA